CCCUUUAAAGCCUUUAUCAAACAGAGCCAGACCCGAAAAGUCGUCUGAGUCUCUCCGUGUUUGGGUUUUACAAUGUCAAAUCUCGCCGAAUCUCGGCAAAAUCGACCGGAAUAUCCGAUGUCAAACUCGGAUUACACGGUUCCGCUCAUGAAUCUCUCAGCUGUAAGAACAAGAAUGGAGUCUUUGCAAUCUUUUUUAUCCCAAUCGGUCAACUCCAACACCCUCAUUAGCAAACAACAAAUGGACAUGGUCUCCGCCGAAAUCUCCUCCGCCAUCCAGCAAACAAUCCUCAACGGUGCUGCCCUUAUCGCCUGCUCCAAUCCACAACCACCCCCACGUCCAACACUCCCGGAACCCGCCGCUGUGUCGGGAAAAGCGAUCCAAAAAUCGGAAAAAAUAGAGUUUGAAUCGGAAUCGGAUUACGAGGUGGUGGAGAUCGACGCGGUUGAGCUACUCGCAGAGCACAUACACUUUUGCGAUAUUUGCGGUAAAGGGUUCAAGCGAGAUGCGAAUUUACGGAUGCAUAUGAGAGCACACGGGAACGAGUUCAAAUCGGCGGAGUUUUUGGCUAAACCCGACAAGGAUGAAGUUUCAGGGAGGAAGAAGACGAGAUUUUCAUGCCCGUACGAGGGAUGUAAUCGGAAUAAGAAACACAAAAAGUUUCGACCUUUGAAGUCAGUAAUAUGCGUGAAGAAUCAUUUUAAGAGGAGCCAUUGCCCGAAGAUGUACACAUGCGAGCGGUGUAAUAAGAAGAGAUUUUCAGUGGUUUCGGAUUUGAAGAGUCAUUACAAGCAUUGUGGGGAGAGUAGGUGGAAGUGUUCAUGUGGGACUAGUUUUUCUAGGAAGGAUAAGUUGUUCGGACACGUGGCGUUGUUUGAAGGGCAUAUGCCGGAGGUGGAGGAGAAAAUGAAGGGCUUGGUGGAGGAGGAGGAGUUGGAGGUGGAGGAAGAGGAGGAGAUGGAGAUGGAGGACGAGGGGUGUAAUCGUAAUUUGGAUGAUGGGUUUUUUGAUGGGCUGCUCGAUCAGUUUGGUUCAAUUGAGAAUUACUGUUUGCAAGAUGCGUUGGGAGUUGCUUGGAACGGAGGAGGAGGGCCAUUGUAGUUAAGUUUAUGAUUGCUGUAAUCUUAUUUAUUUUGUUGAAACAUGUAAAAUUCAUCUAUUUUUGUGUUUUUGAGUUGAAAUAAAGAUGAAUGUCGAUCUUGUUUUAGUAAUUA